AUGGACUCGACAGAUAGUCCAGAAUCAAAGAAAAGCACCCACCUCUCCAUCAACCCAAUAUCUCCAUCAGACGGAGUCUCCACGCCCAAAAAUACUACCCCACCAAACGAAAUCCCCAAUGCUCCAGACACAACCUUCAAAGUCAUAACCUGGAGCCCUUCCGACCCCGAAAACCCUCAAAAUUGGCCCAGACGAACAAAACUCCUCCGCUCCACAGCACCGCUCGCUGUGAUCUUCUCAAUAGCAUUCGCCUCCUCAAUCUUCGGAGCCUCAGCAACAGUCACGGCAAAAGAAUAUGGCGUAUCCCAAGAACUCAUGAGCCUAGGCGUAGCGCUCUUCAUAGCAGGUUUCGCCUUAGGCCCACUUCUCUGGGCUCCACUAGCCGAAGUAAUCGGCAACGCACCGAUCCUGGCCAUCGCCUUGACAGGCUGUGCCAUAUUCCAGAUCCCACUCGCACUCGCAAAGAAUGUUGCUACGAUCCUUAUAUCCCGCUUCUUGGCUGGCUUAUUCGGCGCAGGCGGACUAGCUGUUGGGUCGGGCGUGCUAGCCGAUAUUUUUGGGCCCAUUACACGCGGUGUUGCCGUCGGGACAUCGGCUAGCAUUAUGAAUCUAGGCUCGAUUAUCGGACCUAUUGCUGGUGCAUACCUGGUCGCGAAUGAGAAUGCUGGAUGGCGGUGGACGGCGUGGGCUACGCUUAUUCUGUGCUGUGCAGCUGGGGUCCUGUGUAUAUUCUUUCUGCGGGAAUCGUCGCAUAAUCGGAUUUUGAUGCGAAGGGCUGCACGGUUGAGGAGAGAGACCGGCGAUGAGAGGUUACGGGCGGGUGCCGAGAUGGAGUCGCUUGAUACAAAGGUCCUGGUGAGGAAGUACUGUUCGAAACCCGUGCGGAUGUUUGUUCAAGAGCCGAUCUUGAUUGUCAUGACGAUUUAUUUGACGCUUGUUUAUGGGUCGCUUUAUUUAUCUUAUCAGCUUUUUCCGAAAGCGUUUGAGAGUAGGGGGUGGAGGACGCCUGUGGCUUACUUGCCUUUCUUGUCUGUUGGGCUUGGGCUUAUGAGUGCGUUGGGGAUCUUUUCAAUUUUCACGAUGACUUGGUAUAAGAAGCGGUGGGUGGCUGCGCAGCGGGCUGAGAGUCAUGGGGAGAAAGCUGGAUCAAAGGGUCACGCUCGCAUUGCUCCUGAAGAUCGGCUUCCGCCUAUGAUUUUGGGUGCUGUGUUGCUGCCCCCUUCUUUACUUUGGUUUGGGUGGUCUGGAGAUACACAUUGGGCAUCACAGGUGAUUUCGUGCUUUUUCAUCGGCAUGUCAUUGCAGAUUAUCUUCAUCUCGGGCAUUGUAUACAUUGUCGACGUUUACUUUCUCAAUACGGUAUCAGCUAUCUCGAUCCAUGUUAUGGUUCGUAGCUUGGUCUCCGCCACAUUUCCGCUUUUUGAGGGGCCGAUGUACGAGUCUUUGCAUAUCAAUUACUCUGCUACGUUGCUGGCUGCCUUGUCUGCGUUGAUCAUGGUUUCGCCUAUCUUGUUGAGGAUCUAUGGGUCUCGCAUUCGGACCUGGAGUCGAUUUUCAAGUUAA